AGCCGUGUUGGUAGUUGGAAGCGGAAGGGAAGGAGAUGAGUUGGACGAAGACCCACCAUUGAACGGCCUCAUCUUUCUAGGCUGGCAUGGCGUUGAUGACAAUUCAGGUGGUGAACGCGAUGGAAAUGAGAACCGUUCCCUUGAGCAACGGAGGGCACGUGCACGUGCCUUUGAUAUUGCUGCAACCUGUCGUCCUGGUCUUUCCUUUCAUCGUGAAAACGGAGAUACGGAUGACGGUGAACCUCGUAGAAGCGGAUUGCGCACUGUGGGUGAUGGUUCGGCAUCCACAUUACAGCAAAGCUGUCCUCAUGUACCUUCACAGCUGUAGCGGUGCCAACGAGGGUGGAAGAAGGACUACAGGUGGACAUAGGAGUAAUGCGUGCCAGCUGACCUCCUCGGAUGCUAUUGCAGCGCCUCCUACAACUCCCAGAGACGUUGCCCAUACAGAGCAGCCAGAACCAGAUCGAGCACAUGUGUUGGAUGUCCAAACAAACUGCCAUCCUGGUCCUUCUUUCCGUCGGGAUGAUGGAGAUGGCGGUGACGGCCAGGGGAGAGCAAAAGGUUUCGAAACACGAAGUGAUGUUCGGCUGACGCAGUUCCAACAAGUUGUCCUGGAAUAUCUGCGGAAGUGCGGCAUCAAACACACGGUUAGUAACAGGGGGAAGACACUGAAUCCAUCGCAUAUCAAUGGACACAAAACUGGGCAUAUCACUGACAGGAAGGAUUGGGGUGAUAAAUACCCCCCCUCAAUUGGGUUGAACCACUCAGAGCCCAGCGAUGAAUGCAUUUUCAAAUUCAACUCUAAUUUGCUUGCAUGCGAGGGACCGAUACUGAAUAGGAAAUGGGUUAAGCAUUACGAUCCAAUACUGGCAGUUGCAUCUGGGCAAGAUAUGAAAGAUGAAUUGACGCCAGGUGGUGAGGUAACAAUGAACAUGUGGAGGUGUGUUCAACGCAUGCUACGCGAGAAAGAUAAUGGCAUAUACCGCGGGUGGCUGGAUAGAUUCAGAGGGCUGUUCGACCCCAAAUUUGUUGAUGAGGUCUGCAGGGAUGAUGGAGAAACUGACUGGGAUUACAUCGAGGAUAUGAUGAAUUCAGAAAAGGCUGGGUACAGGAUUGACUGGCUGAAAAAGUUCUGGUUCCCAGUCGAUUUUAUGGACUGCUGGUCGAUGUACCUGCUGGAUAAGGAUGAAAAAACGGUGAUGGUCCUGGACCCAACGGCGACAGAUGAAAUGGAUGAGAUGAAAAUCAAACAUGAAGGCCGUGCAAAAAAGUUCCAGCGCAAGUUCUGUUGUCUGUUCAACAAUUUCUUCGGCAACGGCUUGAUUGAAACUGAAGGAUGGACAUUGAAGUAUCCACUAGUGGCACAGCAUGCGCCUUGCAGCAGGCCUGUUCGCGCCCUACCUGAUGAGUGUAUUAAAAACGUUGAAAAUUACUAGUUAUGGAGUACUGACAAGAAAUUUUAAAAUGACAGGGAGGAAAGUGGGAUCUACAUCGCACACUACUACACUGAAUUCACCGGCCUGUACCUCCGUUCAUCACUGAACCAGGGGCAGAUAGACCGUCUACGGGCGAAGCUAGCUUACGAGAUUGUGACAAUGAAAGGGAACAAGGGGGACAUCCCAGAGUUCGUGUACGACGUGAUCAUAGAUUGAGGAGCGGCAAAGCGUUUGUGUGACUAUGGAAGAGCGAACGCAGUCUGAGAAGACCUUUUGGAUGUGAACGUGGUAGAACUAAUUUUGCAACGAGUGCGCCACCGUAUCAUUUUGGUUCGAAUAUAAUCUAAUGGACUGGAAAAACCUAGCAUGAUUUGAGCGAUCUAUAGGUGUAGUUUGCAACGAAAGGUAUGUAAAACCUAAG